UCCGCGUGUCAUGUGAAAAGUAGCGGAAGCGGAGUGGAAAACGCACAGUGGCAAUGUACAGAACAUCUCUGCAACACUCAAGCAAAAAGUGUUGAAAAUGUGGCUGGUUCGUUUAGUGUGUGUUGCUGCUGUGUGGACAUUGUGCGUGUCAGCGGACGGGGGGAUUCUGUUCCCCCAGGAGUCUCUGUCACGGGAGCUGAAGGUGCUGAACGGACUGUGGACCUUUAGAGCUGAUUUCUCUCCCAACAGGAACCAGGGUUUCGACCAGCUUUGGUUCAAACGUCCUUUAUCAGAGUCUGGUCCUGUCAUUGACAUGCCAGUACCCUCCAGCUUCAACGAUUUAACUCAGAACCCUAAACUGAGAGAUUUCAUCGGCUGGGUGUGGUACGAGAAGGAAGCGUGGAUCCCUCAGCGCUGGUUUCAGAACAAGGACACGAGGAUUAUGCUCAGAGUUGGAAGUGCUCACUACUAUGCAGUGGUUUGGGUGAACGGGGUCAAGGUGAUGGAGCAUGAGGGGGGCCAUCUUCCCUUUGAAGCGAAUAUCAUUGAUGUGAUCCGGAUGGAUGCGAGUAUGCCAUGUCGUAUCACCAUCGCUGUUAAUAACACACUGGAUCUGCACACUCUUCCACCGGGAACCAUCCAGUACAUGAACGAUCCUGCGCGAUAUCCUGCAGGUUACUUUGUUCAAAACACCAACUUUGAUUUCUUUAACUAUGCGGGAAUACAUCGCUCUGUGUUACUGUACACAACGCCACAGGUGUACAUUGAUGACAUCACUGUGACUACUACCUUCUUAGACAGUACUGGGUUUGUGAAAUACAACGUGACACCAGGGGGCAGUGCCAAAUCCUCUGUGAAGGUCACUCUUAUUGAUAAAGACAAGCGAUGUGUGGCCAAUGCUAACGGAACCCUUGGAGUUCUCAAAGUACCCGAAGUCAACCUGUGGUGGCCGUAUCUGAUGAGCCAGAACCCAGGAUACCUGUACUCCAUGGAGGUUCAGCUCAAAGCGGAGAGCGGUGAUGUGGAUUACUACACGCUGCCAGUGGGUAUUCGCACCGUCAGUGUCACCAGUACACAGUUCCUCAUUAACAACAAGCCCUUCUACUUCCAUGGAGUCAAUAAGCACGAGGAUUCAGACAUUCGAGGAAAGGGCUUUGACUGGCCUCUCAUCGUGAAAGAUUUCAACCUGAUGAAGUGGCUAGGCGCAAACUCGUUCCGUACUAGUCACUACCCGUACGCUGAGGAGAUCCUGCAGAUGGCCGACCGCCAUGGCAUCGUGGUUAUAGACGAGUCCCCCGGAGUGGGCAUCAAAGACAUACGCAGCUUUGAUAAUACAUCACUGGCCCAUCACCUUGUCGUCAUGAAGGAGCUGCUGAGGCGGGAUAAGAACCAUCCCUCUGUCGUCAUGUGGUCUGUAGCCAACGAGCCGGCGGCUGAGAUGUCUCCAGCAGGCUUCUAUUUCAAACAACUGAUAACAUACACAAAAUCUUUGGAUCCGACGCGUCCGGUGACCUUCAUCACAGACAGUAACUAUGCCAGAGACCAAGGAGCUCCCUACGUAGAUGUGAUCUGUGUGAACAGCUACUUCUCCUGGUACCAUGACCCCGGGCAUCUGGAGGUCAUCUCCAUCCAGCUGCGCACUCAAUUUGACGACUGGUACGGAAAAUACAAGAAACCCAUCAUACAGAGCGAGUACGGAGCAGACGCUGUAGCAGGCCUACACAAUGAUCCUCCAUCUAUGUUUACGGAGGAGUACCAGAAAACCGUCCUGCAAAACUACCACCGAGUGUUUGAUCAGAAGAGGAAGGACUUUGUUGUAGGAGAACUCAUCUGGAACUUCGCUGACUUCAUGACAGCUCAGGGUAUCACUCGUGUGAUAGGCAACAAGAAGGGUGUGUUCACUCGGCAGCGGCAGCCUAAAGCAGGAGCUUUCCUUCUGAAAGAGCGCUACUGGAGGAUCGCCAACGAAACAGGUGCCCUGUCCACAUGGACUAGAUACCCCUGUCUGUGAAGACUCCACACUGGCUGCCAUGUCACCCUGCAUAUGUGUGUGUGAGCGCGUGUGAGCGCGUGUGAGCGCGUGUGGGUGCGUGUGUGUGCGUGUGUGCGUGUGUGUGCGUGUGUGUGCGUGUGUGUGCGUGUGUGCGCGUGUGAGUGUGUGUGUGUGUGCGCGUGUGAGUGUGUGUGUGUGUGCGCGUGUGAGUGUGUGUGUGUGUGUGUGUGUGUGUGUGUGUGUGUGUGUGUGUGUGUGUGUGUGUGUGUGUACAAAUACGAGCUGUGAAAACGAGUCAAAAUAUUUCAAUGGUGCCUUAUGCUUAUGUCAACCAGUUAAAGAUCAGAUUUCUGUUUCUGCUUCUUCUGGUAAAUUCAGGAAGAAUUUACAUGUUUAACAGCGUUUAUAAUACAGCAGAAAGCACUUCAUCUUACCGAGCACAUAUCAGCAGGAAUGUCAGGAAUGUUGUGGGAGUUAACGUAGGAGUUCGAUAACACUAGUGCUGCUCAAACAGUGUCACGUUCCUCACGCUGGAUCUACAGAGAAACUACACAGCUGCACUGUAUGUUCAUCUCAUCACAUCCUCAGGUCCCAGAAUCCAAGUUCAGUCUCCUAACACGCAUGUGAUGAGCAUUCAUCACUGUAGCAUCAACAAAGUGCGUGAUCUCAAACCGGCUGUUCGGUUUCUCUAAUAAUGUUUUAGAUUCACAUUUUACAUUUUGCUAUCAGUGCCAAAAUUUUAUCUGUUAAGGCUAUGAACAAUGUUAUUUCGUUGCAUUUCAGAUUUGGGGACGUAAUCCAGCAGGCCGGUUACGUCCACGGUUAUAAUAAGCCUUUCAGUUCUCUUUGUUUUUUGGGUUUUUUCCUGGCGUUCCAGACAUUCCAUCCUUGUUCUCGACCCGGAAAUCAGCGCCUUCUGCUUUUUAAAAAAAAAAAACAAACACAAAAAUGCAUACAUGCAUAUUUUUGCCAGUGCUAUUCAGUUUGUGAGAAUAUUGUGAUCGGUUUUAUUGCCUGUGCUGUAAAAUUGAGAUUGUACUCAAUUACUUCCAUAUGCACAUAUAAUUUGCGUUCAAACACAUUCUAGAAAACAAAAAACCACUUAAGCCUACGCAUGCUGGACUUUUCCGUAUGGAACACGUUACUUGCUAACGAGUGAAGACACUGUAUAUCACUACGCUGGCUUACUAACCAGUUACUCGCUAAGUGGCUUGAUAUUCUUUUGUUUGGUUUGUCUUUGGACCAGGAUUUACUAGUAGUCCUGCUUUUAUUUGACCUUUUGGAUGAAAUGACCGUAUUAUUAAAUGAAAUGAUAAAGUUGGGUGUAAGCUUGGGAAGAAUUCGGUGGGAAAAUGUGCAAGACCUUUGAGGCUUACAGACUAUUUUUAUGUGUAUCAGUUAUCCAUUACGUAUGGAUUCAGACUCGAGUCUGGCUUUUAAAACGUUGGCUUUAAUUUACUUUUAGAUUCACAUGAAAACUUUAUUGGGGGCUUUUGUUUUAUGUAUGUAGAAAAUGUGACCCCUAACAAAUUUGUACAACUUCAAAAUCCUUUUUCGCUUUCAAUAAAAAUCCAUUUCCUGUA